AUGGGGAAGCAGCAGAUGAAAACCCAGAGUUCAGGAACCUCACGUGGUGAAGUUUACAUGAUAGUUCGGCGUGGAUUAACGGACACCGAAAUCCAGGGAAUUUUGUUCGACUGGCCAAGUGGGAGCGAAUGCUCCGAUUUGGAAAGCUCCGACGAUGACCAGGCGGAAAGGACCGCAAGUCAACAUUGUAGUGGGACAGAUUCGUCUAGCUUGUCAGACACCAACGGUCUUGAUGUCGAAGAGUCCACUACUGUGAAGAACAAGAUAAAAAAGACCUGGCACUGGGUAAAGAAGGACCUUGACAUCAACGAAGGCUUUCCUACUAGCAUUCUAAGUCCAAGAGUCUCUGCGGCAGAGGCUAAAACGCCUUUGAGUAUGUUUACUAAGCUGGUAGAUGAGGAUUUGAUCGAACAUCUGACGUUCGAAACAAAUCGAUUCCGGGUCCAGAGCAACCGCACGAGAGUAAAACCUGUGACGCUUGAAGAAAUGAGGAAAUUGCUCGGUAUGAUCCUCUACAUGUCUGUAGUGUACAUGCCAUUCAGGCGCAUGUACUGGUCCCGGUUAUUGCGCCAAUCCCACAUUGCGGACUGCAUGCCAAGAAAUCGCUUUGACGAAGUGAUCUCACUUUUCCACGCGUGCAACAACGACACCGAGAAGAAAAAGGAAGAAGAUGGCUACGACAAGCUUUACAAGGUCCGUCCGUUGCUCAGCCGGCUGAAUUAUAAUUUCCAGGGUGCUGCAAAAAUGGAAGAUUGCCUUGCCGUGGAUGAAAUGAUAGUACCAUUCAAAGGCCGACACAGCCUCAAGGUGUACAUGAGCAAAAAGCCUAGAAAGUGGGGCUACAAAGUGUGGACACUGGCUGGGAGAUCCGGCUAUGUGUACAAAAUUGAGCUUUACGGAGACAAUUUAGUCAUUGACCCAACGGAUUUGUCAAAUGACAUCGGAGAAAGUGGAAAAAUUUUUGUGCGACUCUCUGAGGGCUGUGAAGGGAAAGAAAUAUUUUGUGACAACUUCUUCGCUUCAGCAGAUCUUCUAGUUGAAAUGAAGGGUCGCGGAUUAGGAUGCACAGCAACCAUGAGAAACGGCAGAAUUGGACGCUGCCCCCUAAAAACCGAAAAAUGCCUGAAGGGGGAAGGCCGUGGAUCUUUUGAUUUCCGAUCAGAAAAGGACAGUGGCAUUAUUAUUUGUCACUGGCAUGACAACCGCAGCGCCAUGAUUGGAUCGAAUACCCAUAGUGUAGGUCCUGUGGGCGUCUGCCGGCGAUACGACAAAAAAGCAAAAACAUACACCGAAGUUUCCCGACCAAGCUUGGUAAGAGUAUACAACCAAAGCAUGGGUGGUGUCGACAGAGCGGACCAGCUGCUUUCUUUCUACCGCAAUGAGUUGAAGACGAAGAAGUGGUACAAGAGGAUCAUUUUUCACUUGCUAGACCUUGCUGUUGUGAACAGCUGA